GGGGCAACGAAUGGGUGAAGUAUCAGGAUGCUGAAUACAAGUUCUUCAGCCUCCAUUCAACUUGGGUGCAAGCCCAAAGGAUCUGCACCUGGUUCCAGGCUGAGUUGGCAUCCGUUCACAGCCAAGCUGAGCUGGAUUUCCUGGGUCAAAACCUGAAGAAGCUCCCGAGGGGCCAGGAUCAGUACUGGUGGAUUGGGCUGAACACCUAUGAGAACGAUGGACGCUUUCGGUGGUCUGACCGUUCCCUCCUGAACUUCAUCUCAUGGGCACCAGGCAAGCCACGGCCGAUCAGCAAGGACAGGAAGUGCGUCUACAUGACGGCCAACCAAGAAGACUGGGGCGACCAGAAGUGCCACACGGCCCUGCCUUUCAUUUGCAAGCGCGGCAACAGCACUGCUGUGUGGCCCUCCCUCCCCUCCCUCCCCGCCCCGACUCCUGGCGGCUGCGCCCAAGGCUGGAGUACGCACAGAAAUAAGUGCUUUAAGAUAUACGGGCAAGAGCAGGUGACCUGGCCUGAGGCAAAGCGCACCUGUGAGGUUCAGGGGGGCACGCUGGCCACCAUUUCCAAUCACAUGGAGCAAGCUUUUAUCACCACUCUUCUCCCGAAUACAACCGUUGACCUGUGGAUCGGCCUCCAUGAUGCCAAGAAGGAAUUCCAGUGGGUGGACUCUGAACCGGUCAAGUAUAUGAACUGGGCCCCUGGUGAGCCAUCUGGCUACGGAACCUCACCAGCCAAUGAGAAGCCGACCAACUGUGCCAUCCUUUGGCAUAGCUUCCCACCCCCGUUCACCGGUCGCUGGGAUGACAGGAACUGCCUGGAGGAGAAACACGCCUUCCUCUGCCAGAAGAGCAAAGACCCCACUCUUGCCCCUUCUCCAGCAGACGUCCCUCCUGCUGCCAACUCCACCCUCUCGUAUCUCAGUGGUGUCUAUCGCAUCCUGACGAAGCCGCUCACGUGGCAGGAGGCUGUGCUUCUCUGUGAGAGCUUCAACGCAAGCCUAACCCACGUGAUGGAACCCUACACACAGGCCUUCCUCACCCAAGCAGUCAACCGCGUGCGUGGCCCACUCUGGAUCGGCUUGGCCAACGAGGAGGGACGACGGAGUUAUGUGUGGUUCACAGACGAGACUCUUUCCUACACCAACUGGCAGGAUGGAGAGCCACAGCAACUCGUGGGAUGCGCCUACAUGGACGUAGACGGGACCUGGAGGACUGCUGCGUGUGACACCAAGCUGCAGGGGGCCAUCUGCAAGAGGAACACAGGGCUCCCUUCCUCACACAGGUGGAACUAUAACGGCAGCUGCCCUCAUUCUGUAGAAGAUUCCUCUUGGAUCCCCUUCCGGAACCACUGCUACGCCUUCCACAUGGAGGUCAUGGUGGGCCCAAAGGAAGCUGUGAAGAAGUGUCAGAAAGUUGGCGGUGCCGUGCUGUCUGUACAAGAUGAGAUGGAAAACGUCUUUGUUUGGGAACACCUGCAAGCCUAUGAGAUGCCAUCCAAGGGGGCUUGGCUGGGUAUGGCCUUUAACCCCAAAGGGGGCACGCUUGUCUGGCACAACCACGUGGCUGUGAACUACUCCAACUGGGGACGGCCAGACGCGGGACCGAACAUGCUCAGCCCAAAUAGCUGCUACUGGAUACAGAGCAGUGACGGGGCCUGGGGCCUGGGCUCCUGCUCCAAUGUCACUAUGGGGGUCAUCUGUAAGGCAGCUCGAGUGGAAGAAAGCAACUUUCCCAAAUCAGCUUUCCUGGAGAACACAAAGGCCAUUGUUGUGGUCAUCCUUUCCUCUUUAGCUCUGUGCACUUUGGUCGCGAUAGCCAUCUACCUGUACAAGCGCCAGUGGAUCUCAGAGCAGAGGGCUUUUGAGAGCGCCCGCUACAGCCGCACCCACUCCAACCCCAGCGAAUCUGCCGAGAAGAACAUUCUGGUGUCUGACAUGGAGAUGAACGAACAGCAAGACUGAUGGUGCGAUUGAUAGGGAGGGGGAGAGCAGGAGGGAAGGAAGGAGAGCGUAACAAACCACUAAGGUGAUGUGAAGAAGAAGCACAAAAGAUUUUUCCCCCCUUUGGGAACCCCAGUUCUGGCGUGUGUGACACCAAAAGAAAACCCAACCUGGCCCUACCCGGGGACUUCAGAAGGAUGGGAAAAGGUAGUUCAUCUCUUGGACAAAAUCUCCCUUGGCACACUAUGGAGACUGGGCAUGAUCUUCUCCACUUCUCCUUAGAGACUGAAGACACAAGCGUCCCUUCCGCCUGGUCACAAUACCAAUAGGGAGAAGAGUCUUGUAGGACUUUCAAAUUUAUCUCUUGGUAAGAAUGUGCCUUGCUAUAUUGUAUUACCUCCUGGAGCCAUGUACAUAAUUAAAGAAUGAAAGGCCUUGAGUUGGUUAACGAUGGUUUGGCGUGCUGUUCCUCCAAAGUUGAGACCCACUUAAAAGUAGUUUCCCUUCCAGCCACUUGGCCACCAUGACAGUCAUCCUACUUCAAAAGGGCUGUGGCCAUAGUUACACCCUCUUUGGGGGACAUUUUGUGCCUACAUGUAGUAGCCAAAGGCUGUUCGUGUUCUAUAAUUCUCUUCCCUUCUUGCUUUAAUCCUUUAAAGAAGUGCAAUAAGACAGUAUGUUUUUUCAGCUUCUGGAAUCAUAUGCCGUUCCGCUGGGGUAAUCCAGGUGUGGACACUAGAUAACCAGGAGCUGGGGAGAGGCCACCCACCCCGGGGUGAUGGUGUCUGAUGAAGUGUGGAGCAAAGAGACUUCCACGGGAAAUGUGGACCCUGCAAGCGGAAUUCCUCUUUGUCCUCGGGACCCAGUCCGUGGGAUGGCUGUGCGAAGGACAACGGGAGGCAUAGAUUUAUUUUACUUUUUUUCCCCUACUCAGAUAAUUAUGGAGGUUAUUGUACAAAUAUAUAAGAAGAAAUUGGUGAGUUUCACUUAAGCUGGAUAUUAAGUGUUCACAAAAAUACUUAUCUUUUGCAUUUUAAUCCUGGCAUCUGAAAACUGCCGUAACAUUCCAUUUCAUAGGGAGUUUAGGAAACAAUCUCCGCUCUCCCUGAAUGCCUUCUGCUUAUUUCUGGAGUAUUGUUUUGGUUUGGAGAAAGAUGUUCAUACCUAUUGAUUCGUCAUUUGUUUGUUCAGCACCUUCUUUUUGCCCAAGAGACUGUUUCUGAGGCUGACCCUUCCCCGCCAGGGGCUCUGCUGUGAAAUAGGCAAAGCAAGAUGCUUCUGAGUAUGUUGUACAUUGUGAUUUUGCCUCAUUGGUAAGUAGCCACGGACAGCUUUUCGAUUAGACCAUAAGCAGAAGCUGAGACGUGAAGGCCCUAAGCCUGUGAACCUUGCGUUUUGCACGCCAGUGAAGUGAUGCCAAA